AGUCCCCAAGAGAAGCACUUUCACCUUUCCUGGUGAUGCCUUUGGCUCCUUGAGCAGAGUUUUGCCCGAGUGGGGCUCAUGAGGGAGGAUGGAGUUUCUUGGGACCACUCAGACCGCCAGUUACUGUGGUCCCAAGAAAUGCUGUGGCUUGACCUCACUGCCAGCUGUACAGGUGCCAGUGACCCAGGAGUGCUAUCAGCCCUACUACCUGCCCGGGUAUCGCUACCUCAAUUCAUGGAGGCCUAGCCUCUUCUACAAGAUAGCCAACGUCCAGACCUGCCCGGACGAGAGCACCAGUACCCUGCGGCCGCCCACCAUCCUGCCCGCACUGCGCUCAGCACUCUUCUCUCGCUAUAGCCCCCACGACUGGGACCAGUCCAACCAGCUGCAGGUGCGUGGGGCCGAGGCCUCCCGGCUGUGGGCCAGCCGGCUGACGGAUGACUCCAUGAGGCUCUUGCAGGACAAGGACCAGCUGACGCACCAGAUGCAGGAGGGCACCUCCCGGAACCUGGGCCAGAGGCUGUCGGACAUUGGCUUCUGGAAGUCAGAGCUGAGCUAUGAGCUGGACAGGCUUCUGACUGAGAACCAGAACUUGGAGACAGUCAAGAGGCGGCUGGAGUGCGCGGCCAAUGAGGUGGCCUUGGAGUGUCUGUACCAUCGAGAGAAGAGGAUUGGGAUUGAUUUGGUCCAUGACAAUGUGGAGAAAAACCUUAUCCGGGAAGUGGAUUUGCUAAAAUGUUGCCAAGAACAGAUGAGAAAAUUAGCUCAAAUAAUUGAUAUCCAGAUGCGCGAUAACCGGGAUGCUCAGCACGCGCUGGAGAGGGACCUCGAGGACAAAAGCUCGGCCCAGUGCAUCGAUGAGAAGUGCUUUAACCUGAGAAAUACGUCAGACUGCAUCAGCUUCUUCCACGGCAUGGAGAAAAUUGACGGCACGAUCUCCGUACCUGAGACCUGGGCCAAGUUCAGUAACGACAACAUCAAACACUCUCAGAACAUGCGGGCCAACUCCGUCCGGCUGCGGGAGGAGGCGGAGCACCUCUUUGAGACCUUGUCGGAUCAGAUGUGGAGGCAGUUCACAGACACCAACCUGGCCUUCAAUGCCCGCAUCUCUGAGGUGACGGAUGUGAAGAAUAAGCUGCAGACGCAGCUGGCGAAGACGCUGCAGGAGAUCUUCCAGGCCGAGAACACCAUCAUGCUGCUGGAAAGGUCCAUCAUAGCCAAGGAGGGCCCGCUGAAGGUGGCCCAGACAAGGCUGGAGUGCCGGACCCGGCGCCCCAACAUGGAGCUGUGCAGGGACAUCCCGCAGUUCAAGCUGGUGAACGAGGUGUUCACCAUCGACGACACCCUGCAGACCCUCAAGCUGCGGCUAAGGGAGACACAGGACACGCUGCAGCUGCUGGUCAUGACCAAGUGCCGGCUGGAGCACGAGCUUGCCAUCAAGGCCAACACCCUCUGCAUCGACAAGGAGAAGUGCAUGGGCAUGCGUAAGACCUUCCCCUGCACCCCGCGCCUGGUGGGCUACACCUGAGCACCGCCCCUGGCGCCUCAUUCCGCGCUGGCGUAAAAUUGGAAAAGGCUGAGAAACAAAGUAAAACAGUAUUUUGUUUGAAA